AUGAAAACUACUUCUAAUACUAUUUUCAACGAAGCAUCUUCAAUAAAGGCCAUUGAAUCAUUGAGACAUCGUUGUUCACAAGAUGGAAAUUUAUUGAAUGAUGAAAUAGUUCAUUUGAUAUUAAAUAUUGAUUACAAUAAUAUAAAAUCACCGAUAUCAAAUGUAUCCAAUUUUAAUUGUUUUAGCAACAUCCCGAUAAUUAUUCCAUUAAAACAUAGUAAAAUGAUUAAAAAUAUCAGAGAUGUGAAAAUACUAAUGAUUACUAAAGAUCCAGUUAGUGUAUAUACCGAGAAAUUAAGGGUUUUAGAUGAAUAUUUGCCUCCAAUUAGUAGUAACGAACAAAACCAACGAGGGAAAGUCGCAAACAACGAUAUUUCUUGGAGGCAGAGUAAAAAAUUGAAAAGUGUCAGUAAGAAUUAUAAGCCUAAGGGAUUAAGUGACUCCAGAAUGAAUAUGGGCAAAGAAAUUAUAGACUUAAACACAGCCAAUACCAAAAAUAAGAACAUCAAUGGUGCUAGUAAUAAUGAGGUUGAAGAUUCAGAGACUGAAAUUUUUGGAAAAAUCAUUUCAGUACAAAAAUUAAAGAAGUUGAAAAAGGGUGAUUUGAACGCUUUAUUUAAGGCUCACGAUGUAGUAAUGUGUGAUCAUCGUGUAGUGCAUUUAUUACCGAAGAUAUUGGGCAGUACUUUUUAUAAUCAUCAUAAAAAGGUUCCAUUUACAAUUAAAUUUACUCGUGGAGUUGCCAGUCACGCAAAGGCCUCAUUAAAAAAGGGCAAAACUUUGACUUCAAGGCAUCACAGUAGCGCCAACAAAUUGAGUAAAUUCCAAAUAGCCAAACAAGAGAUUAUUGAUCCAAAGUAUAUAUACACCCAGAUGAAGAGCGUUUUAAAAAAUACAUUUUAUAUUUUACCAUCCGGUAUUCAAGAAAGAAAGAAUGAAAUCAAAAAACUUAAAAAUAAAGAAGCUCUCUUGGAUGCCAAAAUUAAUCCGAAUAAAAAAACUACUAAUAAAGAUGAUACAAGUAAAAAUAAUGAUUGUAUCUGUUUAAGCAUCAAUGUUGGUAAUAUUAAAAAGCAUACAACAGAUGAAAUUAAAUAUAAUAUCCAAGAUGUGAUUGAAUAUGUGGAGAAUAAUCUAAUCAAAAAUGUUAGUGCACAUGAUUCUAAUAUGUAUUUAAAAACAGCUAAUAGCAUUAGUUUGCCCAUUUGA